AUGACAACUAUUCAUGAUAUAAUAUUUGAUGAAAAUUAUUCUCAUGCAACACAUCGAUUUUUAUUACUUGAUGAUCAUAGUACAAAUCGAAUUGGUCCUUUACCAGUUAUCCCAUUAUCUAAUGCAUUACUUAUGACAUUUAUACAUGUAUUUCGGAACUUAAUUCAAUGUCAACGAUAUAUAAGUGAUGAUAAUCGAAAAAUGAUAACAUUAUUUAUUUCUAAUAGAAAUAUUAUUGAUUGGAAUAAUCGAUUUGAUGAAAAUGAUAAUAAUAUAGAUAAUAUACAUCUGUUUUGUGAUACAUAUUUUGAUUAUAUAAAAAUGAAACGAUGGGAUGGAUGUUAUAGACGUAAAAUUCAAGGUAUUCAUUUACCUGACGAAGUUGAUUAUACAUUACUAAAAUUAGGUGUCGAUUAUAUACAUUCAAUAUUACCAGGCUUUCGUGAAGAUCGAGGAUUAUGUAGAAAGUUCUGUGCUGAUGCAAGACAAUUAAUUGGAGCAUUAGACAAAUAUUUUCAAGAUCAAAUGGAUAAUCUAGAUGACAGUUGCUGUGCAUCAAAAUCAUAG